UCUCUCUGGAAUUCCGCAGUCAUUCUGCCUCCGGUCAUGGAUUCGAGGCCAUCAUCUCCUCCAAAAUCUCCUAAUUCAAGCCUUCCUCAAAAAAGGGUCCGUAGAGAUAGAAAACCAAAGCCCUAUAGAGGUGUUAGAAUGAGGGCUUGGGGCAAAUGGGUGUCUGAAAUAAGGAUUCCAAAAACGGGAAGAAGGAUAUGGCUGGGCUCCUAUGAUGCCCCAGAAAAGGCAGCUCGAGCCUAUGAUGCUGCCCAAUAUUGCAUUCGUGGUGAUGGUGGUCCAUUUAAUUUUCCAGCAAAUAAAAAGCCACAGCUUCCUGAGGGUUCUUUGGAUUCUUUGUCAAAGGAGGAUAUACAAACUAUUGCAACAAACUUUGCAGCAGGUGCAUCAGCCUCCUCACCAGUUGCUGCACCUGCAACAACUCAGGUAUCUGUUAAUACACCAGCUUCCUUUGAUUUUCCAGUUUCAGGUUCCUGUGUGACUAAAUCUGAGGUGGCUGGGGAACCUUAUUUUCCAUCAACUGCCAUCGAAGAAGCUGCCAAUUCAGUGGAAAAUUUACAGCUAGAUGAUUUCCUCAUGCUGGACAUAGAAUGGAUAAGUGACUUACUUUAGGAGAUUCUGCAGUUUUUGCUUUGUAAAUAACAAAUCUCCCUAUAUUUCCUUAUUGCAUGUUUGCUAUGCCUAGUCUCCCUGGAAGGUAAUACUUGUUUUUUUCUCAUCAGCCUCCACGUUUUUAAUUUGUUCGUCCUUUUUGUAUCAGUGCUUCUUGAUUACAUGUUAAUAUGGUAUCUGGUUCUACUGUA